AUGACUAAUUUUAUUGGAAAGACAGGGAAGCUUAUGGAUGUGGAGAAUCUGAUGAAGAACUCUAUGGUAGAUCCUGUGCCGCGAUUCUUGCCCAAGUCUCUGGCAUUUGAAGGAAACGAGAAUGGCAAUGCAAAAGAUUUGCCAAAGCUCAGUAUCCGGCUUUUCCUUCAUUCCAGCGGAAAUAUUGCUGCAAAGUUCCCAUAUGAUCCUAUACUUGUAGGUGCUUUCCACAAGAUCCCUAAAGCUAGUUGGCAUGGGAAAGAAAGAUUAUGGAUGUUCCCGAUAUCCUCUUUGGUAUCAGCAGAAAAAGUCGUUUGUGAAAUAGAUGGUGCCAAUGUUGAGAUAGAGCAGUUAGAUCCGUUGGUAAAGCGUGCUAUUUGUACUGCCUCAGCUCUUCCAGAUCUUCAAGAUUUAUAUGAUAGGAUGCCACAUGCCAUUGAAUCAAAGCUCCUUCCGUUUCAGCGAGAUGGAGUUAGGUUCAUUUUGCAGCAUGGUGGACGUGCACUCUUAGCAGAUGAGAUGGGCCUUGGAAAGACUUUACAGGCAAUAGCUGCUGCUGCAUGUGUUCGUGAUUCCUGGCCUGUUCUUGUACUCACCCCUUCUUCCUUACGUUUACAUUGGGCUUCUAUGAUUCAACAGUGGCUAAAUACCCCUUCAAUGGAUAUUCUUGUGGUUUUAUCCCAAGUGGGUGGAUCUAACAGGGGAGGUUUCAAAAUAGUGCAGUCAAAUUCCAAAGGGGCCAUUCAUCUUGAUGGUGUAUUCAACAUUAUCUCGUAUGAUGUUGUACCUAAGUUGCAGCAUGUACUUUUGGCUUCGGAAUUCAAGGUUGUGAUUGCAGAUGAGUCGCACUUCUUGAAGAAUGCUCAAGCAAAGAGGACCACUGCUUCGCUUCCCAUUCUACAGAAAGCUCAAUAUGCAAUUUUGCUUAGUGGGACUCCAGCCUUAUCACGGCCAAUCGAGCUGUUCAAACAGUUGGAAGCAUUAUGUCCUGAUGUAUACAAAAAUGUUCAUGAGUAUGGAAACCGAUAUUGCAAGGGUGGCAUAUUUGGAAUAUACCAAGGUGCAAGUAACCAUGAGGAGCUUCACACUUUGAUGAAAGCAACUGUUAUGAUUCGCAGGCUUAAGAAAGAUGUUCUUUCUGAGCUUCCGAUAAAGCGCAGACAACAGGUCUUCCUAGAUUUGGCUGAAAAGGAUAUGAAGCAAAUUAAUGCUCUAUUUCGUGAGUUGGAAGGUGUAAAAAACAAAAUUAAGUGCUGCGAAUCCAAGGAGGAGAUAGAAUCACUUAAAUUUUCUCAGAAGAAUCUAAUCAAUAAGAUCUAUACUGAUUCUGCAGAAGCAAAGAUUCCAGCAGUUCUAGACUACCUUGGAACUGUCAUUGAGGCAGGUUGCAAGUUUCUAAUAUUUGCGCACCAUCAGCCCAUGAUCAAUUCAAUAAUCCAGUUCCUUCUUAAGAAGAAAGUGGGUUGCAUUCGAAUUGACGGUGGAACUCCAGCAUCAUCUAGGCAAGCUUUAGUUUCAGAUUUUCAGGAGAAAGAUGAUAUCAAGGCAGCAGUGCUAUCUAUUAAAGCUGGAGGUGUUGGUCUAACCUUGACAGCUGCAAGCACAGUCAUCUUUGCUGAACUGUCUUGGACUCCAGGUGACAUAAUUCAAGCAGAAGAUCGUGCUCAUCGGAUUGGCCAGGUGUCAUCAGUCAAUGUUUACUAUUUGCUUGCAAAUGAUACAGUUGAUGACAUAAUCUGGGAUGUCGUUCAGAGCAAGUUGGAAAAUCUGGGCCAGAUGCUUGACGGUCAUGAGAAUACCUUGGAGGUUUCAGGCAAUCAGCCAAGAAGCAGUCCUGCAAAGCAAGGAACACUCGACUCUUUCAUAAAGCGAUGUAAUGUGAGCAGCGACUCUGGACCUCCCAAACUCAAGCAUCCCAGAACCUGAUACGCAUAUUGUGAACCAUGUAUAUAAAAAGUAGACCCACCUUGGGAAGAAGAUAUUGAAUUUGUAUAUUAUAUGUAACUAGCCUGACACCAAACCCAACCCUUCCCAACCGAAAAAAAAAAGAAGAAAAGACCCUCAACCCAGAAGGGGGAGGAAAAGCUAUUACUUGCCCUGACAAAUGGAAAUUGGGUGAUCUUUUUGGUGGGGGCAUGUAAUGCCAGUGGAAUUGAAUACUAUUUGUAACUGAUUUGUAGAUGAGUUAGUUGAUUUACGUUGCAUGUUUUA